AUACAUGGUAUUUUAUAGCCUAUGUCAGUACAAUGAAAAUUGAUAGUCUCCAUCAGGAGUAGACACUAUAGUUGAGGAUAAAAGGUUUUUGAAUUUCCGAUUUCUUCUUUUUGCCAAUCUCCUGUUAAAAACUCUGCUAGUGUAUAAAAUUCCUUGCUUAAGACCCACCUCUUCACUCCCUUUUCACCCUUCACCGCUCACCCAAUUUAUUGUAGUUGUAUUCCUUUAUUCAUUUUUCUUAUUAGUGCUUUACUUGCAGCUGUUGAUUACGCUCUCAUUGUAUGCCUGUGGUUCCUACCAACGGAUGCUGGGGCGAUCUAUUGAUGCCGCUGUUUGCCAAACAACUGUGAGUCGGAGUGUGAAAGAAAUUACAAAUGCUCUAAACCAUGAAGAAAUUCUGAAUCGCUUCAUCAGAUUCCCUCUUACACGUGAAGAGAGAGCUCCAAUAAUUCUGAGAAAUGAGCGAUUAGGUUUGCCUCGAGUACUUGGUUUCAUGGAUGGCUUUCUAUUGAGACUGUCGUAUCUCCCACACGAUGCUGAGAGGCAGUCCUUCUUCUGCAGGAAAGGCUUUACUGCAUUUAACAACCAGAUUAUUUGUGAUGCAGACCUGAACAUACUUAAUGUUGAUGCCCGGUUCCCUGGUUCUCUGACUGACAACCAGAUAUGGGAAGCUUCGGCUGCCAGGAAUGUGGUCGAAGAGGCCUAUUGGGAGGACAGAUGCUGGUUGUUAGGAGAUUCCGGUUACUUUACUGCUCCUUGGUUGCAUGUGCCUCUUAUACAUGCAGCUCCGGAUACGCCUGAAUUUGAAUACACCAGAAUGCACUGUCGUGCCAGAAAUGCCGUUGAGAGAUGUAUUGGCGUUUUGAAGGGUCGAUUUAGGUUGCUUGGUGUUGACCGCUGUGUUAACUAUAAAGAUGCAGCUUAUGCUGGCAGAAUGGUAAAUGCUUGUUGUGUGCUUCACAAUUUCUGCAUUCAGAGAAAUAUUCCCAAUCCCCCUCCUUUGGUGGAAUUAGAUAGGGACAACGGCUACCUUCCAGAAAUAAAUGAACUUCCACUUCCAGCCAAUAUACAGCAAAGAGGUAUUGAUGAAAUGCAGUUCCUCAUAAACUUUGCCAAUGAAAGAAGACUACGCAGGAACAACAUUGUUGACCUCCUGUGAAUUGGUGAUAUUAUGGAGGGAUAUGAUUUGAAAUUCAAAUGUAAGAUAUAAUUUUGUAUAAAUGGAAGAUUGUGCCUUUUAAAUAAUUUUAAUUCUAGUAGCAUUAUUGUUCCAACUUGUGUUAGUUGAUGUAAGUUA